AUGCUCUCCGGCGCCGGCGACGCGUGUUCUCGCCGGCGCUGGCCACUCUCGACGAUAUCAUCCUCUGCAUUCAUCUCUCUGCUCCUUUCGUGUUUCAGUUCUCGUGUGCUACAGAGUCGUAGCGUUUUGUUAAGCGGAGAAAGGGGUCUCCGCCGGAGACAUGAGCUUCGGUCCCUUGCCUUCACGGUAGUCCUCCUUACGGCCCUUCCUCCUUGGUGGGUCUUCUCCCCAACGAUGAGUCGAGAGGGUUCUCUCACCAACGUUGUACUCUGGUUCACGGGAGCGUUUUCCGGCGAAUCACCUUCUGGCUGUCGAUGGACAAGACACACUGUUAACUUUCUCCGUGCUCUUCAACUGCUGAUGGAGUUCAGAUCUCAACGUUCAAGCUUCCGCUUUCCACCUCCGGGAAGUGAGACAACAAAACAACCUUGCGGUGCUCCUCUUCAUUUUUACGACGCCAGAUCCCAAGACAUCUCAAGCCUAAAUCCGAAUCUAAUUGGUAGCUAUUCACUUUCCUCGCCUCUAAGCUUUGAUGAUAACCGGGAUUACUCUGGUGAGCCCAUCUCUCCGCCGGCGAGUGACGUCAUCCGCGCCACCUCCAUCCUUCCAUCUAGAUCCAUGACGUCUCUUACCUUCCCAGCGUGGGCUUUGGGUUCUGGACCGAGAUCUAUAGCUAUGUGGGCUUGGCCCAACUUUUUUGCUGAAGUUUCUAAUCCAGUUAUCAAGUUUCGAAAUCCUAGACUAUCAAACCAUAACGUUAGAUUAGUUGUGGGUCUGAUUUCUUUGGAUAAUUUAAAGAUCUCCUAUGGGUUCAUUGGAGUCUAUAAUCUGAGUUUAUUGCAAUAUCACUUCUUUAGGAAGAAUUUUUCAGUGGAUCCAACUAUUAUGAUAUCGUUUUUAUCAUCCUCCUUCGAUAAGGAGAGUUCUUCACUACCAUACCUUCCUUCUAUGAACGGAGAUGUCCUCUCGGAAAAUUAA